AUGUCUCUCAACUUUUCCAUCAACGAAAGUGUUCUCCCCACGCCGUCAUCAUCCUCACCAUCACCGCUCACUGACGCCACGACGUCGUCAUCUUCUUCCUCGUGCAUCCGAUCGCUCGCACCGCAGACUGUCCGCGCUCUCAGCUCCUCGCUCACCAUCGUCGAUCCCGUCGCAGCAGUCAAGGAGCUCGUCGACAACGCGCUCGACGCGGGCGCUACCUCCAUCGCCGUCGAAGUCUCGGCCAACGGCGCGCUCGACCACGUCACCGUCCGCGACAACGGCCGCUCCGUGCCGCCAACUGGCGACGACAGACAGCUGCUGGGCCGCCGCCACUGCACAAGCAAGCUGCGGGAGUAUGGGGAGUUGCUGAGGGAUGUCGGCGGUAGGAGCCUGGGGUUUAGGGGCGAGGCGUUGGCGAGCCUGGCUGAGGUGUGUCAAAGGGUGGAAGUUACGGUGAAGUGUGAAGGGGAGACGAUGGGGGAGGUGUUGAGACUGGGGAGGGAGGGGCCAGAGGGUGUCGUGGAAGUAAGAAAGAUUGGGUGUCCCGUUGGGACGACUGUUAGGGCGGAAGGGUUCUUCGAUAGGUGGCCAGUCAGGAAGCAGGCGGCACUCAGGGAGGCGCAGAAGGGUAGCGGUGUGACCAAGAAAAUAAGGGGCGUGUUACAAGCCUACGCGCUUGCGAGACCGGGGUGUAGGUUAUCGUUGAAGGUGGUGAAGGAGACUACAAAGAAGGGAAAAGAAGAGAGGUGGACGUACGCACCGAAGCCAGGGCUGGGGCGGAAUGACGGGGAGGAGAGUAUUAUGGACGCGGUAUGGAAGAUCAUUGGGAAAGAUGCGGCUGCGCAGUGCAAUUACGUUGCUCGGAACAUCAAAGGGUACGGCUUUGGCGCUGUCCUACCCAAAGUGGACGCGGAGAGCAAGAAUAUUUCCGGACUCGGCCAGUUCCUAUCCGUCGAUGCAAGACCCGUUUCGACAGCCCGUGGAACCCUCAAGUUGCUCUCAAAGGCCUUUAGAGAUAAGCUAAAGAAGGCCAAUCCCACCCUAGAGGAUGUCAAGGAGCCUUUUCUGAGGAUGGAUAUUGCAUGCCCACCUGGUAGCUACGAUCCAAACGUGGAGCCGUCGAAGAGCGAUCUCCUAUUCGAUGAUCCGGCCUCUUUGAUUGCUGCUGUCAACGAACUUCUCGAUGCUUUCUACUCCUCAACCAGCGCAGAAGGGAAGCCAUCGGAGGAAACACCUGAGACACAUAAAUCAGAAACAUCAGCACAAGCAAAGGUGAAGAAACCGGAGGAUGCAAUUACAACACCAGCUUCAGAGGUUCAGACUAGUGAAUACGAUACAGCGGUUGAUGAUGACCUCUUUGAUCAAUUGGUCGAUAUGCCGACCUCGGACAUCGCUCACACUCCAGCUUCCCCGAACCUUCCUACCAGUCCUCCUCACAACCGUGCAGAGAUGAGCAACUUUGAAGAACCGCAACGAAAACGACAGCGCACAUGGAAAUAUAACAUGUACGACUUCGAUAACGAUGAUCUCAUCAUGGCGGACGCCGAGACACAGGAAGGUCCAGACGUGGAUCUUACAAGCGAGGACACUGAAGAGGGCGCCGCUCCGUUUCCAAACCAAACAACAGUCAUCUUCUAUCUCCACACAGCUCCUUUCCACAAGUCGACGCUGAAGGCUUCGUUCCUGUAUCUCCCCAGCCAACAGGUGGUGUAA